UUGAGAGCCAACAAGGAUGCUCGUGGCUUACACGUCACGGACAAUCAAGAAGGGAAACUACUCGAGCGAAGUAAUGCAUUACAGCGUAGGAUCGACUCCUGGGCAAAGAUGCAAGAGCUUUACAUGCCCAACAUGGCGGCCAUGCGGAUCUCAGACAAUGCAACCGCUGCAAGCACUUCCUCUAUCCCUUCUGCCGAAAGCUUCAAAUUGUGGCUGCCCUCACAGAUUGGCAGGUCUUCACCUUGCGACAAAAGCCUG